GAGAGAGAGGGGGGCGGGGGGAGGGGGGCACUCACCGUAGGCUAUAUCUUUAAGCCACUCGAAUCUCUUGUCUCAUUCCCUUGUAUCUCGCCUCUGCUUCACAAUGGCACGCCUCUCCCUCCUCCUCCUCUUCCUCGGCCUGGCAGCCCUAACAGCAGGCCAGGAAUGCACACACCCAUUCAUUGCCAUUGGCGGCCUCUGCAUCUACAUCGAUCCCUGGGUGACGGGUACCAUGGAGGAGAUGAGAGCCAUUUGCAAGUCCCACCACGGGGAUCUCCUUUGGUUCGACAGCGACACAGACUGCGACUUUUACCAGGAACUUCUGACGCACAUCCAUGAGACAGGCAUCAACGAGAAGGAUUACUGGAUGGGUAUCACUGACGAAGGCCACGAGGGAGAAUGGAGGUACAUAAAGACCAAUCAGGUGACUCGUCUGGGGCCGCCUUACUGGGACACAGGCUACCCGCGGGAUACAAUAACUUACAACUGUGCGAUGUUCGAGAAUAGUCGGCAAUACUACUGGCGUGACUUCCCCUGCACCAGCCCCCUCGCCGCCAUCUGCCGCUAUGCUUAAAUGACCCUGCUGCAUGAUUCUCCGUUUCGACAUCUUAAAAGGGGCUAUUACACUGGGCAAAUUUUCCGUGGAUCUUCAGUCAAACCACGAUUUCCGCUGGAGUGGUUCUCAUAUUCCCGUGGUUUUCUGACGUGUUCACAAUCUCCGAAAGCUACGGUAGAUUUCACCAAAGGACGACGGUAUUAUUCACCAUCAUCAUCAGCAGCAAUAACGAGAAACAAAUGAGAACCACGCUAGCGGAAAUCGUGGUUUGACUGAAGAUCCACGGAAAAUUUACCCAGUGUAAUAGCCCCUUUAGAACGUUAUUUUAGGGUUCUCGUAGAAGUUACAGGGAGUUUGUUUUUGAAGGAAUGUUAACCUUUUCUUCUUUCUCUUUCUUUUAAUUUCUCAAUGUCACUGAAAUCAACAUCCACUAGCUUUUGUUCUUUGGGUGCAAUACUAAAUUUGUGAGUGAAAACAAAUAAAUCAGUUACCCUCG